AUGCCCCUCUUUGAAAUGUCGUCUUCGCAGGAUCAGCCAAAGCAGAAGCAGAAGAAGAGGCAGCAGCAUCCAAGUCAACCGCCAAAACCUCAACUGCCCCAAGAUGCAUCGUCGGAGCCUCGCUCUCUGUGCCAUCAGUUCUUGUUGAAAUCCGUCUGGCCUGGUUUAGGUCUCUUUGGAGAAUCCUAUUUGCUCUUUUCCAUUGGAACACUAAAACCCCUCUGGGAAAUACUCUAUCCAGAUUGCUUUAGUGGUGAAACAUGCUCUUCCACGCUGCUGGGUUCGCUCACGUACAGCGUCGUUUUGGGUGUCAUGGUAGGCAUGGUGGCGCUGGGGUAUGCCGCGAAUCAUCUAGGAAGACGAACCGGAAGCAUCAUUACGGCUAGUAUCAUGGCAUUUGGAGCAUGGGGGGUGACUCUGGUGUCGAUAUUCUUGACCGAUCGAGAAGUCUGGUUGUACCGAGCCCUUUCCAUGCUCUUUUUCGUCUUUGGUCUGGGUGUAGGGGGUGAAUAUCCUCUCUCGGCCAGUUCGGCUUCAGAAUAUGCCAUGGGAGCGUUACGGCAUAGGGAGGCACAAGAAAUGCAACAACAUGAUACCCACAACAAUUACAGCGCUCUAUAUGAAAACGCAUUGCCGACAACUGCUACAACUCCAAUUCGCAACAACACGUCCACUCACAAUGAGGAACACAGACAACAACAUAGAGGAAGGCAUAUUCAACUUGUGUUUUCCAUGCAAGGAGUUGGCAUUCUUUGCAAUUCUGUCACCAUGACAGCACUCUUGUGGAUUACUGGAAUAUCAGAACAGCAACAACAGCAAGCACAAGAAUCACUCCUCAUGAUUUGGAGAAUAACCUACGCUCUAGGUGCCCUGGUGUUGACGUUUGUCUUGUGGAGUCGAUGGCAAUACCUACAAGAGUCUCAUGUGUGGGACGAGGAUCGCAAAAAACGAUACCGCAUUCAACAAUCCAGGUCAACGCUGCUGGAAGAAGCUAUUAAGAGUAGAAAACAGGAAGAACUACUGCAAUUGGAUGCGCCCAUUGUGAGAUCGUCGUCCUCGGUUUCGUCCUUGUCGGCUCCUUCGGUAACGGUAGACUAUUACAACCAAGCUAUACAUACAACGGGGCUGCCCACACAGCAUCACCACAAUCAUCAUCAUCAUCAGCACGUGUCGAACUUGGCUGUGCCAGCAGCCGAUACUCCCCCUCCACAGGAAGACCAUCAAGAUAAUUCAUCCAACGCGGAAGAUGACUUGAAGUCCUCUCCGACCCGGCUCUUCUUGCAGAAUUAUGGACUGAGAUUAAUGGGGGCUUCCCUAUCCUGGUUGGCUUGGGACGUUUGCUUUUACGGCAACAAGCUCUUCCAAAGCACAUUUCUGCUGACACUGACGGGAGAAUCUACCACAUUGAUCGAAUUCUCCAUGGCAGCAAGUCUCAACGCAGCCGUGGCAUUGCUGGGAUAUUUUGGUGCUGCUCUCCUGGUUGACAAAGUGGGCCGGCGGGACUUGCAGCAAUAUGGCUUUCUCGUAACUGGAAGUUUGUUUGUCAGCUGCGGGUUCCUGUAUAAUGAUCUGUCCUCGGCAACCCUAGUCACUUUGUAUCUGGCGAGUUCCUUCUUUGGACAACUGGGGCCGAACGCGACAACCUUUAUGCUUGCUGCCGAGCUGUUCCCCACAGAAAUGAGAACAAUGGCCCACGGGAUUUGUGCAUGCGCUGGCAAGGCGGGGGCACUCAUUGCUGCGGUUGUGUUCAACUACUUGGACAAUGAUCUGGAUCUAUUCAUGUUGAGCGGCUACGCCUCCUUUGUCGCUUGCUUUAUCACGUUCUGUACCAUCCCAGAAACCCUUGGAUUGGAUUUGUAUGAAGUGGACAAAAAAUGGCGCAUGACCCUGGAAGGACGCAAGGUGGAGUACCGAGGCGAUGCCAAUCAUCCCAGAUACCUCUCCUAUCUCGAGCGAUCCAAACUGCACGGGGUUGCCCAUUGUGACGUAGACGUAUAA